AUGUGUGGGCUGAAUAAUUGUGAGUUGACAGAAAAAAGCUGUUCAGUUCUAGCUACUGUUCUCUCCUCCAAAACCAUCCUGAAAGAGUUGAACCUGAACAACAGCCGUCUGCUGAACUCAGGAGUCAAAGAGAUCUGUGAGGGACUGAAGAAUCCUGUGUGUGAGCUGAAGAUACUCAAGCUCAGUAACUGUGAUCUAAAUGAUGAAAGCUGUUCAGCUCUUGCUUCAGUUCUCAGUUCAGACUCCAGCAGUCUGAAGGAUCUUGAUCUGAGCAAUAAUAAUCUGCAGGAUCCAGGAGUGGAGCUGCUCUCUGAUGGCCUGAAAGAGAACUGUAAACUAGAGAAACUCUGUCUUUCAGACUGCAGUGUCACUGAAGAAGGUUCUAAAGCUCUGGCUUCAGCUCUGAGAUCAAACCCUUCACACCUGAUAGAGCUGGAUCUCACAGGAAAUGAUCCUGGACAAUCAGGAGUGAAGGAGCUCAGUGAUUUACUACAGGACCCAAGCUGUAAACUAAAGACACUGAGGUUUUUGAGUCCCGCUGCAGAUGAAGCCUGUCAGUUUGUGACUGGAAUUGUGGGUAAAAAACCGUUACUCCUGAGAAAACUAAAUUUGAGUGAACAGAAGCUAGGAGACAAACAAAUGGAUCAGAUUGCUGCUCUACUGCAGGAUAAACACUGUAAACUCAACACACUGAUGCUGAAUAAUAACUGUAUUACAGAAGAAGGUUGUGUUGCUCUGACUUCAGCAUUUAAUUCAAAUCCUCAAAACCUGAUAGAGCUGGAUCUGAGUGGAAAUAAACUACGAAACACAGGAAUUGAGAAAAUCUGUCCUCUGUUGGAAAAUGCACAAUGCAGAUUAGAGAAAUUGAAACUUUCAGAUUGUUGUAUUACUGAAGAAGGAUAUAAAACUUUGACUUCAUCUCUGAAGUCAAAUUCACACCUGACAGAGCUGGAUCUUAGAGGAAAUCAUCCUGGACAAUCAGGAGUGGAGGGGCUCAUUGAUUUACAGCGGGGGUGGAUGCUGUAAAUUAAAGACCAUCAGGUUUUUGAAAAGUCCUGCUGCACAGGAAGCGUGUGAGUAUCUUACUAAAGUGCUGGGUGUAAAUCCAUUAGUACUAAAAGAACUGGAUCUGAGUGAAGAUAAAUUAGGAGACCUGGAUGGGGAGAAACUCUCUGCUCUUUUGAUGGACACUCAUAGCAAACUGGAGAAAAUUAUGCUGAAUAAUUGUAAGCUGACAGAGAAAAGUUCAAUUCUAGCUACUGUUCUCUCCUCAAAAACCAUCCUGAAAGAGAUGGACCUGAACAACAGCUGUCUGCUGGACUCAGGAGUCAAAAAAGAUCUGUGAGGGACUGAAGAAUCCUGUGUGUGAGCUGAAGAUACUCAAGUGAGUACAUUUCACCAUCAGCUACAAUGGUAAUUGCAAUAUCUACAUGUUGUCGGAUAUGUAAACACUCAAACCUAAUUACUUGCCAUUCGUCUUUUGUUGUCUACUUACUCAAAUGCCCAUGCUUUGUUAUGUUGGUAAAACUAAAAGAGAAUUAAGAAUAAGACUACAUGAACACAAAAGUAACAUACGCAAUCACGAUAUUAAGUCACCCGUGGCCAGACAUUUUAAUGAGUUUGGGCAUGAUAUUUGUACUUUGAAAUUUCUAGGUAUUGAGUUAGUCAAACCUCUUUAACGGGGAGGUGAUAGGGAGCGCUAUCUUCUUCAACGAGAGGCUUUUUGGAUUUAUACACUUCAAACAGUAUACCCCAAUGGUUUAAAUGAAGAAUUACCUUUAAAUUGUUUUUUUGUGAAACCAUUUGGGUUGCAAUCAAUCCUUUUUUGAUAAUUGUUCAUAAGGGUCACAUGUGAGCAUUGUCUAUGGUCUUCUUGUUUUAUUUCUUGUGUGUUUCCAUAAUGUUCGUAACUUGAUGCACCUGAUGGUGCUGAUGAUUUGAGGAAUGGGGUUCACCUGUGAUGUCU